AUGCGAACUGUGACAGCUCUCGAGAAUAUGCAAAGUGACUUCGAAUUCUUCUGCAGAGCGCGAGACCUCCUGAGUCAGGCCGAGGGCAGUUGGCUACAGCGGAAGCUUUCAUGGAGGUCAUAUACCAGCGUCACAUUGUCCAGGUUCUACUUUCUCUGGGACGACCGCGACGAGGUCGAGGUCGACGGCAAGCCACCACCCAGAAACAAGAAGCUUUUCCAGGGAUACCAGUACAUGCCGAUCCAGGACGUGAGCAUUGACGACCAAAUGCGCGUGUGUGCCAAGAUGCUGCUCAGGGGCAUCGCGAACCCACAGCUCGGGCGGGACGGCAGGAAGCUGCUCGACUGCAUGCCGAAGCUGCUCGCGCCGCCGGGCCUGAACAAGAAGCAGUUUUCUGGCGGCUGGGGCUUCCACGCCAGGCAGGGGCUCUGCGUGAGGAAGACGAUGGGGUGGAUCGGAGCCGUGCUUGCGUUCGGGAUAGCCUUUGUCCCGUACUGGCUUUGCGCUAUUGACGAGCUUGAUGUGCAGACUGCACUGGCUCCGGCUUCCUUCUUAGUGACCGUUCUGGGGGUAGGUCUGGCUAUGCUGGCUAUCGCACAAACUCGGUGA